CCUACCCCGCCUCUUUACAACGUGCUGUUGCUGUCACACCUGCUUCCUGAGUCCUGACCCUAGUGGAGAUGGCGGCGGCCGGGCUCGGGCUGUGUCGGCUAGCGGUGCUCGCCUCCGGACCGGGGCCGCUGCGGGCCGGCGUGUGGGGCCGGCUGCCCCCCUUGGCGGCCGGGUCGCGGCGACACGCGGCGCAUUUCACGUUCCAGCCUGACGCGGAGCCCAGCGCGCACGGGCAAACUCAGAAAAUGAAUCUUUUCCAGUCUAUAACAAGUGCCUUGGAUAAUACCUUGUCCAGAGAUCCAACUGCAGUAAUAUUUGGUGAAGAUGUAGCCUUUGGUGGAGUCUUCAGGUGCACUGUUGGGUUGCGAGACAAAUAUGGUAAAGACAGAGUUUUCAAUACCCCUUUGUGUGAACAAGGAAUUGUUGGAUUUGGUAUUGGAGUUGCAGUUGCUGGAGCUACAGCCAUUGCAGAAAUUCAAUUUGCAGACUACAUUUUUCCAGCAUUUGAUCAGAUUGUUAAUGAAGCAGCAAAAUAUCGGUAUCGCUCUGGAGAUCUUUUUAAUUGUGGAAGUCUCACGAUAAGAGCACCAUGGGGUUGCGUAGGUCAUGGUGCGCUAUAUCAUUCUCAAAGUCCAGAAGCUUUUUUUGCUCAUUGUCCAGGAAUAAAGGUUGUUAUUCCAAGAAGUCCUCUUCAGGCCAAAGGACUAUUACUAUCGUGCAUAGAAGAUAAAAACCCCUGCAUAUUCUUUGAACCUAAAAUACUUUACAGAGCAGCAGUGGAACAAGUUCCUGUGGAGCCAUACUACAUUCCAUUGUCUCAAGCUGAGGUACUGCAGGAGGGAAGUGAUGUUACACUGGUUGCCUGGGGGACUCAGGUGCAUGUUAUCCGAGAGGUGGCAACCAUGGCUCAGGAAAAGCUAGGUGUGUCCUGCGAAGUAAUUGAUCUGAAGACCAUUUUACCUUGGGAUACAGAGGCUGUUUGCAAGUCAGUGGUGAAGACUGGGCGACUGCUGAUCAGCCAUGAGGCCCCUCUGACAGGAGGUUUUGCAUCGGAGAUUAGUUCCACUGUUCAGGAAGAGUGCUUCUUGAAUCUCGAGGCUCCUAUUUCACGAGUAUGCGGCUACGACACUCCUUUCCCUCAUAUCUUCGAACCUUUCUACAUCCCAGACAAAUGGAAAUGCUAUGAUGCCCUUCGAAAGAUGAUUAAUUAUUGAUAAAAUUAUUGAUGAAGCCUACAAGCAUUCUAACCAGAAGAUGGGAGGAAGAACAAGAAUAUACAGAAGCCUUCUUUAGAACUCUUGGCAUUUAUUCAGAUGUGUGUGUUCUGGAAGUCCUAUAGCAGAUUAUCUUCUCUGAAGUAAACCCAUUCUGAAUGUCAUCUUGGCUAAUCUUCAAAAGCUCAAAUUUUCCCCUAAUUAUGAAAUCAAUGAUGGACAGGUGAUUGCUGCAAUAAAUAGUUUCAGAUGUAUUAAAGAAAUAAAUUCCAGAUGUAGUAUGAACUUUAUUCACUUUGCAAUGCUUCACUAGGAUACAUCUUUAAAUGACUUCACUGUGUAAAUAUUAUGUGGGAUUUUAUUCAAUAAAACAUAUUGUACUCA